UUUUAUUUAUUUGACAGUUUUUAUACACAAAAUUGUUCUAAUUACCAUAAAAGGGAAGAACAAAACGACGUUACUUUCUAAAUCUUUCAUUUUCAUCUAAACAUACUCCUUCAGUUUUAUUCAAAAUUUAAUAAAUAAACAGAAAUGCAGGAAUUUCAAAUUUUAAGAUGUUCGGAAUGUAAAACAUUUCAAGUUGACAUAGUUAAAAAGGCGAAAAAAUGGACAUGCAAGAUUUGUCAUCAAAAACAGUCUGUCAAGAACAUAUAUUACUCUACAUUUAAUGCAAAGGAAUGUCGCGAAAAAGUCGAUGAAAUAAGGUCAAAUAACUAUUAUUUAAAAGCAAAUGAGGAUGAGAUUAUUUUACAUGAAGUUAAUCAGAAUGUUGAUGAUUUUGUAUGGGAGCAGUCGAACGAAAGUUCCAAACCAAGCCCAUCAAAACUUCCUUCUAAAUGGUCCCAACUAAUAAAUGAAUGGAAGGAAGAGAAGAACGAAAAUCUAGAUAAGAAGAAACAUGAAGAUGUUAAAUUAGAAGAUUAUUCUAGGAGCUUCAAUGAUUCAACUAAUAAAUUAUUUUCAGAGAGGUUUCCAACAACUUCGAAACUAUCGAACAUUUCUAAAGAAAUCAAAUCGCCUUUGUAUUCCCAUCCAAAGUCAACGAUCCUUCCUAAACUGAUUGAUCUUCAUAAAACACCAUCAAAACAAAGUCAACUUUUUGAACCUCCAAUCAAGAAAGUAAAGACAAGGGAAGAUGAUGAUUUUGAGCUUUCGCAGGAAGAUUUAAAUGCCAUUGAUAGUUUAUCUUAAGUUCUUUUAUUCAUCAUUUAUAAUAUGAAAAAUUUUAAAAGUUCCAUUAUAAAUACCAGUAAUGUUGCAUUGAGUAUCCUAAAUAAAAUAAAAUUUAAAUGAGCCUUUAUUAUUUUUUAAACAUUAA